AAAAAAAAAAAGGAAUUUACACUCUCUCUCUCUCUCUCUCUCUAUGGCGGAAGGCUCAACCCCGGUCAAGUCUUCCUCCGACGAUGCAUCAUCGGAAGAACUAUCAGACCAUAGAAACGGAGGAUCAGUACUGAAGCUUUUUGGUUAUCCGGUGACGGAGAGUGGUGAAAUUCCGGUGCCAACAGAGAACAGGAAAUUUGAGUGUCAAUAUUGUCGUCGCGAGUUCGCUAAUUCUCAAGCACUAGGGGGUCAUCAGAACGCACAUAAGAAAGAAAGACAAAGAGCAAAACGAGCCCAGUUCCAUAGUAGCCGGCGGUUCACAGGGAACCCACCGAUUCUGAGCCAACACGCGGUCCGACCAAGUCCCUUCAUAUAUUCCGGUGGAGGACAUACUGGCAUUAGUAGUAAUAUAGCUGCUCGUUUCCACUCCCCCGUUGAGUACUAUCCACAGUCGCUGCCACCACCACCACCACCACCACCACCGCCACAGCCUCAGGUAAUGUUGUCUUCACCACCUCCACGAUUUCCUUCUUGGUUUUACGUCGCACGACCAGCAUCGUUUGCCGUCUCUGGAGAAGUGGGUCCCUCUGGGGCUACCAGUACUACUCCAUCGUUAACUCAGUUUUCUGGGAGAGUAGUAUCAGAAGCAGUGGACGCUGGAGUUGAUCUGCACCUAAGCCUUGCACCCUCUUGGAAUUCAUGAUCUGAUGAUAGCUGUUACUUUCUUCAUGGAGAUCAUCACAUCUUCUCUAAAAAUGGCCAUGACUGUUUUGAAAUCUCAGGCUUGUCUCGUGGGUGGAGCCUAAAGUUAUUUUCUCUGGAGUCAUGGGUCAUGAGUUACUCACCAAGCGUACGUAUAAGACUGUAAGCUAUUGAAACGUUAUGGUUCUAUGUAUCGGUAUCAUAUCUAUGUAUCAAUUGAUACUAAUAUGGAUUAAAAAUUUUGGUUUGAUUUCAUGCCCGAUAUGGAUUGGAAAUUCAUACAGCCCUUUCAUAUCA